GUAAUAUAAAUCGGCAAAUUCUUCUGUGUUUCAGAUGGGUACAGGAAACAUCUAUUUUAGAACAGUUCUAGUCGCAAUGCUUACGGAGUUUGCUGUCAGCCAGAACUACUGGGAAGACACACGAACUGGGAAAAUCCCUGCCUGUCUCACUUCGACGUGUGAUCGCGGUCAAGAUGUCUGUGAGUGUUAUCUCACCAUUGAACAUCGUUUAUCAAUGAUGUACGAAGAGUCACAAUCGUUUGUGAUUCCAUCAGGGGGUCGUCUGUACGAGUACAAUAAACUGAGCACUCCCAUAGAAAACACAGAUGAACUGCCGUUUAUCUUGACGGCAGACGGCAACAACUCUCGAAUUGUUAUAGCUGUAAAUCGGCGAUUUCCGGGUCCACAAAUUACGGCGUACGAGGAUCAGACUUUGAUCAUUCACGUCCGGAACCUGAUGCACACAGACAGUACUACCAUUCACUGGCAUGGUCUGCAUCAGAAAGGGACCACCUAUUCUGACGGCGUCGCGUUCGUUUCGCAAUGUCCCAUAGGACACGGCCAGGAAUUCACAUAUAAGUUCCAAGCUAAGCCGCAUGGUACCAGCUUCUAUCACGCUCACAUCGGUGAUCAGAGGACUAUGGGACUGUAUGGACCCCUAAUCAUCUACCCUAAACAGGAACUCCUUUCGACAACAAUGGCAGAACACGUGGCGGUGCUUCAGGACUGGAACCACGACGAUGAUGCUGUCACUUUAUACCAACGUAUGCUGUAUGGCGCUUUCUAUCAAUCGAGUCGAUUUCAGUAUGAACCAACUUCAUCUAAAGACGGAGGAAUGUACAGCAGGUUUUUGUUUCACUCUGGUCUAGUGAAUGGGAAAGGCCGCUACUACAUAAAUAGUGACACGCACAACCAGGCUCCCUUGACCCAGUUUGACGUCAUUAGGAACAAGUGGUACACGUUCAGGGUUAUCAGCGCAGCGACUCUUUAUCCUUUUCUUGUUUAUGUUACUGGCCAUCCUAAACUCACGCUUACCGCAUCAGACGGUUUUGCAAUUCAGGAGAUGAUUGUGGACGCUUUCAUUAUCCAACCUGGAGAAAGAUAUGAUUUCAAGAUAUUUACAAAUCAGCCCGAUGAUAAUUACAUGUUUGUAGCUAGCACACUAGAAACAAACCGAUUCCACGUAGCGGAGGCUAUAAUCCACUAUAGAAAUGCAGCGAUCAACUAUAAUCCAGAUAAACCUGCAUCACUUAGUUGUUCCACGGAAAUGAAAUGUAAGAUAUUCAACUGCCCCUACCUUAGUCCUGUCAUUGGUGACGAAGACUGCUUAACGUAUAAUGAUGCACGGACAAAUGAUUUCAAUUCGAAACCAGAGGAGGUUGCUACCAUCGAUCAAGAAUACUUCUUUAACUUUGCUUUCCCUGGAGAGGUCGGCUAUUCUCCCGCAGCCGUAAGCGGUCAUCAAUUUGUACCGCCCAUUGCACCACUGUAUUCACAGCCGGAUGACCUAACUACCGCGUGUCCAGCUAACUGUGCCGACAAUAACCUCUGUUCUUGCACAUACACACAGGAAAUUGAGAAUGGAAAGGUAUACCAGUUCACAUUAACCAACAACGUUAAUCGAGUCUCAUGCUAA